CGACUUGUAGCUAGAACGGAGGUACCUCCGGUGCGGCUGGAUGUGUCACCGAGCUUCGAAUUACAAACCAGCCACAGCAUAAAAGGGGCCCGAGUGCUUCGCGCCUAUCUCGCCUUACCCUUCCUUCCUGUCAAUAUCUCACUCAUUUAGCGAUGAACGCACGCACUGUAGCUUCUCUUACCCUCAGAUCAGUACGGUCAUCGGUGCUUCGCCCACGCGUCACCGUAUUGUCAACGACCACUGCUUUCCGACGUGGGUAUGCCACGGGCGAGCAGCAGCCAUCAGGACAACAACAUGCUGGGCCAAAGGGGAAAGGAAGCAACAACUUGCUUUGGGCUGCUGUAGCUGGCGCAGCGGGUAUCGGUGGCUACUAUUAUUAUCGGUUUACUCAGGGCGAUCUCACCGAAGCGAUUCCUCACAGCCCUACAAAAUCCAAACUUACCCCCGCACAAUUCCAAGAAGUGUACAACGACAUUGCCAAGCUCCUCGACUCUAACCCAGAUUAUGAUGAUGGCUCGUACGCGCCCGUUCUCGUACGUCUAGCCUGGCAUGCCAGUGGCACAUAUAGCAAGCACGACAACACGGGUGGAUCGUAUGGCGCCACGAUGCGAUUCCCCAUCGAAGCCGAAUGGUCGGCGAAUGCUGGCUUGAAAGUUGCUCGGGAUCUUCUUGAACCCAUCAAGAAAAAGUAUGGUGAUGCUCUGAGCUAUUCGGACUUGUGGAGUGUGGGUGGUGUUGCUGCGAUCCAAGAGAUGGGUGGGCCUACCAUUAAAUGGCGUCCAGGUCGUGUCGAUCAAACUGCUGACAAGACGACGCCGGAUGGUCGACUACCUGAUGCCAACGCCGAACACCCGAACCAUCACCGUGAGAUUUUCUACAGGAUGGGCUUCAAUGAUCAAGAAAUUGUCGCCCUGCUGGGUGCCCACGCCAUAGGUCGAUGCCACACCUCUCGCUCGGGUUUCGAUGGCCCGUGGACUUUCUCCCCUACCACUUUCUCCAAUGACUUUUACAAACGCCUCUUGGAAGAGAAAUGGGUCGUGAAAAAGUGGAAGGGACCGAAGCAAUACGUUGACAAGAACACGGGAUCGAUCAUGAUGUUGCCUACGGACAUGUCCCUCACCAAGGAUAAGGAGUUUAAGAAAUGGGUGGAGAUUUAUGCGAAGGAUGAGGAGCGGUUCUUUGAAGACUUUGCAAAGGCGUACCAGAAGUUGUUGGAACUCGGUGUUCCAUUUGAGGAGGGUACACCUGUGAUUGAGUUUAAGCGGCUGUAGACCGCUAAAAUGGGAAUUGUACUGGAAGGGCAAAUGAGCUUGGAUACGUCAUAGCAACACUAAAGGACGUCAUAUUAUGAAAAUUGUAACUAGGAUCUGAAAUAGGGAAAUAAAGCACGAUACGAUCAAAUCA